UCUAGAUAAGGUAUUUAUUUUCGAAGAUGAGUGAAUUGUGCAUUUUGAUCAUUUGUGUAAGCUUGAAAAGUAGUGCAUUAUUAUCUUUGUAGUAGUCUCCAUUAUUGGUUACGUUGUCACUGCCAUUUAUGUUUAUCUUUUUUCUGCAUUUUGCCGUUGCUGUUGAAACGGAUACAGUGAUACACAUAUCUUCCAAGUCGCAACUGCUUCUUUCUGGUGGUGAUCACUAGCUCUACGGUGGUUGCUGGUGGUGGUACGACGAUGGUACUUUCCGACCACAACAACCGCUCCUCCCCUACUCCCAUGUUCUGCAACUCCUUCGCUAAUCGUAUCUUUUCAGAUGUCGCCGGAGAUAUCACAAUCACAAUCGACGACACCUCUUUCCUCCUCCACAAAUUCCCUCUCGUAUCACAAAGCGGAAGAAUAAGAAAAAUGGUGGCCGAAACAAAAGACACAAAUCUCUCGAAACUAGACCUCAUCAACUUCCCCGGUGGGCCCGAGGCAUUCGAACUCGCCGCAAAAUUCUGCUACGGUGUCAAUUUCGAAAUCACACCGGCAAACGUCGCCUACCUCCACUGCGCCGCCGUAUACCUCGAAAUGACUGAAAAUUACCGCAACGAAAACCUAAUUACACGAACAGAAUCGUACCUAAACGAGAUCGUCUCACAAAAUCUUGAAAAAUCGAUACAAGUUUUACGUUCUUGCGAGAUGAUUCUUCCCAUAGCAGAUGAAGUCGGGAUUGUGAACAAAUUAGUCGACUUUAUCGCUGAGAACGCUUGUAAAGAGCAAUUGGUCGCGGGUUUAUCCCGUUUAGAAUGUGACAAUCGGGUGAUAGAUGAAAAGGGUAGACGCCAAGAAUGGUGGAUUGAAGAUUUAUCAGGUUUAAAAAUCGAUUUUUAUCAAAGGGUAAUUUCGGUAAUGGUAAGUAGAGGUAUUCGACAAGAUAGUGUGAUUUCAUCUAUAAUGUAUUACGCUCGGGAAUCUUUAAAGGGAAUCGGAAAAUCCCGGAUUUGGAAUCCCGCAAGAACGAUUCCGGUUUUGGAAACGGGGCAAAGGGUAAUUUUGGAAACUCUUGAAAGUUUAUUACCAAUGGAGAAUAGCUCAUUGAUUCCUAUAGAUUUUCUUUUUGGGAUGUUGAGAAUGGCGAUUAUGGUGGAUUCGAGUCUUGGGUGUAGGCUUGGAAUUGAGAGAAGGAUUGCGGUUAGAUUAGAAUCGGUUUCACUUGAUGAUUUGCUUAUACCGAGUGUUCAAACGGGGGAUUCGAUGUUUGAUGUUGAUACGAUUCAUAGGAUUUUAGUGCAAUUUUUGCAGAUAAUUGAGGAGGUGGAAGAUGAUGAUGAUUGUGGGUAUGAAUCGGAAGGGGGUGUGGGGUCCACGAGUCAUAGUUCGUUGCUAAAAGUUGGAAGGAUUGUGGAUGCGUAUUUGGCGGAAAUUGCUCCGGAUCCUUACUUGAGUUUUCAAAAGUUUGUUGCUAUGAUUGAAGUUUUGCCGGAUUAUGCCCGUGUUAUCGAUGAUGGACUUUACCGAGCGGUUGAUAUAUAUCUCAAGGCCCAUCCUACGCUAACAGAACACGACCGUAAAAGACUAUGCAAAUUCAUAGACUGUGAAAAGCUAUCUCAAGAAGCAUCAAACCACGCGGCACAAAACGACCGCCUACCCGCCCACAUGGCGGUUCGGGUCCUCUACUUUGAACAACUCCGCCUACGAACCGCCAUCACCGGACCAUCAGCCUUCUCUGGCUACAUGUCCGGUGCACCCAGUGGUGCACCCAGUGCACCCAUGUCGCCACGCGACACAUACGCGUCUCUAAGAAGAGAGAACCGUGACCUAAAAUUAGAGAUUUCAAGAAUGCGAGUAAGACUAAGUGAUUUGGAAAAGGAACAAGUUUGUAUGAAACAAGGAAUGAUGGAUAAAUCGAGAAAUGGGAAAACGUUUUUGACGUCGAUAUCGAGAAAAUUUGGAAUAUUUGCGGGUCCCACAAGUGGGAAACAACACAAGUCGAGGUCUCGGAAGAGGGGAUACUCGAUAUCUUGAGUUGAAAUUGUGUAUCGGUUUUUAUGGAAUAGAGGAAAUCAAUCAAAUUUGUUUUAAAUGAUGGAACAUGUUAUCAAUGUGUUAUUUACUAUAAAUUUGAUUGAAUUAUGUAAUUUAUGAAGAAGACGAUUGUAUUUUUUCUUAUAAUUAGAUUUAAGUAAUUUUCAUUUUGUGAUUGG